AUGAAGCUGAAGAGCCUCCUGCUGCGGUAUUACCCGCCAGGAAUCAUGUUGGAGUAUGAAAAAAAUGGAGAGUUAAAAAUGAAAUCCAUAGAUUUGCUUGAUCUAGACGCUAGCACUGACGUCAGGGCUCUGGUGGAAGACAUCCAGAAGGCGGAGCCCCUGGUCACGGCGUCCAAGGUGGAGCAGGUCACCCUGUUAAUACGGAGGCUGCAGGAGAAGCUGGGGCAGCACAGCAACCACAGCUUCCAGCUCUUUAAGGUUCUCAGAGCCCAUAUACUGCCACUGACAAAUGUCGCCCUUAACAAGUCAGGCUCCUGCUUCAUCACUGGGAGCUACGAUCGGACGUGCAAGCUCUGGGACACCGCGUCUGGAGUGGAACUGCACACAAUGGAGGGCCAUAAGAAUGUGGUUUACGCCAUAGCAUUCAACAACCCCUACGGUGACAAAAUUGCCACUGGAUCCUUUGAUAAGACUUGCAAACUGUGGAGUGUUGAGACAGGAAAAUGUUACCAUACUUUUCGCGGGCAUACAGCAGAAAUUGUGUGCUUGUCAUUUAACCCGCAAAGCACGUUGGUGGCUACUGGAAGCAUGGAUACAACAGCCAAGUUGUGGAACAUCCAGAAUGGAGAAGAAGUGUUCACUCUAACUGGACAUUCUGCUGAAAUCAUUUCCUUGUCCUUUAACACUUCAGGAAACAGAAUCAUCACAGGCUCUUUUGAUCACACCGUGGCAGUGUGGGAUGCUGAGACUGGAAAGAAAGUGUAUACCUUAAUUGGCCAUUGUGCCGAGAUUAGCAGUGCCUUGUUCAACUGGGAUUGCUCUUUGAUAUUAACUGGCUCAAUGGACAAAACCUGCAUGCUGUGGGAUGCUACCAACGGGAAGUGUGUAGCAACCAUAACAGGCCAUGAUGAUGAAAUAUUGGACAGCUGCUUUGAUUAUACUGGAAAAUUUUUUGCAACUUCUUCAGCUGAUGGAACAGCAAGAGUUUACAAUACAGCCACAAGAAAGUUCAUUGCUAAACUGGAAGGCCACGAAGGUGAAAUUUCAAAGAUUUCUUUCAACCCACAGGGAAACCGUCUUCUAACUGGCAGCUCUGACAAGACAGCUAGAAUCUGGGAUGCUCAAACUGGCCAGUGUCUGCAAGUUCUUGAGGGCCAUACUGAUGAGAUCUUCUCCUGUGCUUUCAAUUACCAAGGAAACAUUGUUAUCACAGGCAGCAAGGAUAAUACUUGUAGAAUAUGGCGUUGACCGGAAGGACCGUGGUUGAGCGAGCUUGCUAACAGUGCUGACAGAGAACUUGGGCUUCAUAGACAGCAAGCAAGUAUUUUGAUACUUCAUAUGCUCUUUUUUCUUAAUUACAAGUCAACUACUUACACAGUCUAUUCUUAACCUUACAGACACGAUCACUAAAAUGGAUGAAAUUACAUUAUAGUAUUUGAUGGGACAUUACAGGAAAUGACUGUUGAAUAAACAUUGCUAUUUAUUUGUCGUGUUUUAUAUUUAAUGUCAUCAUGAUGUUCAUGAAUGAAGUGGUGCAACUAUGUGUGUCCUAG